AUGGUUCAGCUCCGCAAGUACAGGACCAUGACAAGCAAGGAUGGAUUGGAAGAUGAGGGGGACUGGUCGCUGUCGCUGUCGGGGAUGCACAUGUUCCAGAGUGUGGACGGAGGAAGGCCUCUAAACUCCAGUGGUUCCAUUGAAGAACGGGGUGACUCCAAAAUUUUUGUGCUGUCCGAACAACCACCGCUGGCUCCCCUGGUGCUGGUUCUCUGGUUGGAUUCAGGCGCCACCCACCAUGCUGUGGGCGACGCUAGAAUUCUUUGUAACCUUCGGGAUCCACCUGCCGGAACAGCCGUCAGAGCAGCAGAUGGCGUCCGGCUGCUCGUCCAUAAGAUUGGCGACAUACAUACACAGUACAUCAAAAUCCAAGAUGUGUACCUCGUUCCUGGACUCCAGGAGAAUCUCAUAAGCGUUCGUCAGCUCGCGAAGCACAAAAUAGUCACCACUUUCUAUGAGAACUAUGCGGAGCUGUGUCUCGAGGGGAAGCAGGUCGGUGGCGCAAUUGCCGACAGUGUCACAUCCCUCUACCGGCUACGCUACUUGACGACGCCGACGGGAGAUCCUGAGGCUGGCACGAGUAGGUACAUACGCGAAGAAGCCAUGGACGUGGCUACUGCAAGAGGGGCGACGAGCAAGAGCAGCUUCAUGCAGCUCCUCUCCUGUCCACUUCGACGUCGAAUAUGA